UGGGUCAUUCCGGCCUGACUUAAUAAUGAAGGCCCAACACAAUUUCACCGUUCCGAUUCCCUCCAAUCCAAUUUUCUAAAAUUCAACGUUUUUUUUUUAAUUACAGUUCUCGAGGUCUUCGCCUGAAGCAAAACCCUAACAAGAACUUCCACUAACCGCCUAAAAUUCCCCAAAAUCACGAGUCAACUCGGCUCUCCCAAAAAGGUGAGUCACUACUCUUCCCUCCCCUCGUCAACUCUCUCUUGCAAUCCCUUUUUCCGUCCAUUUUUUAGCUCAACUUUUUAUGCACACAUUUGAGUGUUCAAGGCUCUAAUUUUUAUGCUCAUUUCUUUUUGUAAUAAUUGUUGUGUUAUUUUUAUUGUAUUUGGUGAGAAAAGAAAUGGGUUUUUGUUGUUAGAGUCGAAUCUUUGUGAAUUUUACUGUUGAAUAAUGUCACUAAUUUCAAUUUAGUGAGAAAAAGAUUGAAUUUUUUGAUAAAAUACAAGUAGAUUCUUGAUCGGUUUUGCUUGGAAUUGUGAAAAGACCAAAGAAUACAUUUAGUUUUUAGUUUGUUUUAGAUGACAAAUUCAUUUAGUUCUUUGGGAUUUGUAGGGACAAGGAAAUGCCUUUAUAUUAGAUUUUGUGUGAAAUGAAAGUUGGUUUUGUGCUUUUGGUGGGAUCCGUAGUUUUCAUGGUUUUUGAAGGACUUUGAGAAGUUGGUUUUGUUAAGAAAGUGAUAUGGAGACGCCGGUUUCAGAAGGGUUGGUAUCAAAGAGGUCGUUAAGGAAGAAGGCCGGUUUGAAGAAUUACGAUGAGAAUUUGAUGGAUGAGUUUAUAGAGAAGCAUUUAGGUGGUUCAUUUAGGAAAAAGAAUAGAACAAAGGAGGAGUUGGAGAAAGAAACUGAAACUGAGGCUAUGAUGGCAUUAUCUUUGGGGUUCCCUAUUGAUGCGUUGCUUGAGGAGGAAAUUAAAGCAGGGGUGGUAAGAGAAUUAGGUGGAAAAGAGCAGAAUGAUUAUAUUGUUGUCAGGAAUCAUAUUCUUGCUCGUUGGAGGAGCAAUGUACGGGUUUGGUUAUCUAAGGGACAGAUAAAAGAAACCGUUAGUGGUGAAUAUGAACAUUUGAUGUCUGCAGCUUAUGAUUUUCUUCUGUAUAAUGGGUAUAUUAAUUUUGGAGUUUCACCGUCAUUUUCCUCUUACAUCCCAGAGGAGGCUGCUGAGGGUUCCGUGAUUAUAGUUGGAGCUGGACUUUCUGGCUUGGCUGCAGCAAGACAGCUUUUAUCAUUUGGUUUCAAGGUAGUUGUCUUGGAAGGGAGGAAUAGACCUGGGGGAAGAGUUUAUACUCAAAAGAUGGGUAAGAAGGAUAAUCUUGCUGCUGUGGACCUUGGUGGCAGUGUAAUCACUGGUAUCCAUGCCAAUCCUCUCGGUGUUCUGGCUAGGCAACUUUCUAUUCCACUUCAUAAGGUCCGAGAUAGUUGUCCCUUAUACAAACCUGAUGGGGCGCCUGUCAAUAAGGAAAUUGAUUCCAGGAUUGAAAUGAUCUUUAACAAGUUGCUUGACAAAGUUGUGGAACUCAGACAAAUUAUGGGUGGAUUUGCAAAUCAUAUUUCUCUGGGAUCAGUUUUGGAAAAGCUCAGGCAGUUGUAUGCCGCGGUUAGAAGUGCAGAGGAGAGGCAACUUUUGGAAUGGCAUCUUGCUAAUUUGGAAUAUGCAAAUGCAGGAUGUCUUUCUGACUUGUCAGCUGCCUACUGGGACCAGGAUGAUCCUUAUGAGAUGGGUGGAGACCAUUGCUUUCUUGCUGGAGGGAAUUGGAGAUUAAUAAAUGCUUUAUGUGAUGGAAUUCCCAUAAUCUAUGGGAAAACAGUUGAUGCUAUUAGAUAUGGGAAUGAAGGGGUCGAGGUUGUUGCUGGUGAUCAAGCAUUCCAAGCAGAUAUGGUUCUUUGCACUGUGCCUCUUGGAGUCUUGAAGAGAAAGACCAUUAGAUUUGAACCAGAGUUACCUCAGAGAAAGCUAGCAGCAAUUGAGAGAUUGGGUUUUGGGCUCCUGAAUAAAGUUGCCAUGGUUUUCCCCCAUGUUUUUUGGGGAGAAGACCUAGACACAUUUGGAUGUCUCAAUGAUACCAGUAAUAAUCGUGGGGAGUUCUUUUUAUUCUACAGCUACCAUACUGUUUCCGGAGGUCCAGUGUUGAUUGCGCUGGUGGCUGGUGAAGCUGCACAAACAUUUGAACGCACAGAUCCUUCACUCUUGCUCCAUCGUGUACUAAGCAAACUUAGAGGUAUAUAUGGUCCAAAGGGUGUAGAUGUGCCUGACCCUAUACAAUCAAUUUGUACAAGAUGGGGAAAUGAUCCCCUUUCAUAUGGUUCAUACUCUCAUGUUAGGGUACAGUCCUCUGGUUGUGAUUAUGACAUACUUGCAGAAAGUGUGCGGAACAGAUUGUUCUUUGCUGGUGAAGCCACAACUAGGCAAUACCCGGCCACCAUGCAUGGUGCCUAUUUGAGUGGUCUAAGGGAAGCUUCACGCAUUCUCCGUGCUACAAGGGGUCACCAAAAUAAUUUGAGGAGGUCUGUGCAGCGGAAUCUUGGAGCAAGCAGCGAAGUAUUGGUGGAUCUGUUCAAGAGGCCUGAUCUAGCAGUUGGGAAGUUCUCAUUUGUAUUCAAUCCACUAACAGAAGACCCUAAAUCGUUGGGGCUCUUGAGAAUUACUUUUGAUAAUUGCAAAGAUGAUACGAGAAAGGUUUUGGAAAGAAGCUGUGAACCCCUAUUAAAUCAACCCUUGCAGCUGUACACAACAUUAUCCCGUGAGCAGGCACAUGAGCUACAGUUGGUGACUGGAGAUGAAGAAAGUAAGUUGGUAUAUUUGAUAAAUAAUAUCGGAUCAAAGCUUAUGGGAGCUAAUGCCCUUGGAAACAUAUAUAACUCGUUGGUUACUAGCAUAUCUAAUGCAAGAAGAGGUAGGGGCAGGAAUCGCAUGUCUGCUCCACUGUGAAACACAGUCUAGACAGGCUAUUUGUGUCAUUGCACUAAAGUUUUGUGUACUUUUUGUUAGAAUUAAAUCCAGUGCUGCAUACUAGUGCUCCAUGAGAGGAAGGCUGGAAGGAUAGUAUGUCUUCUCUGGUUUAUGGUUGUGUACAUAAUCAAGCCAGGUAGGUUUAUUCAUUGACUUCAAUAGUAAUGAUGUUGUCCGAGUUAGAAGAAGUCCUCAAUUCUUUCUUAGCUGAAGCGCAUUUUUGUAUCUUUGGAUGAGCAAAUUGAAGGCUAAUUCGGGGACCUUUUGGUCCAUCAUGUAGCUGUAGCAGUUUCCAGUUGGAAAUUCUUAAUGUACUAGGGAGCAUAGUAAAGAGAUUGAAAAUGUCAUGUAUUUCUAUAAGCUGCUCCAUGUUAAAACUUGUAUUUGGUAUUUUUUUUUUUUGGCCAGUGUUGUAGUUGUAUCUUGCAUGUUGUCUAUAGUAAAAUUUUCUCCUACGUGUGCAUGAUUCUAUUCUCUCUCUCUCUCUCUCUCUUUGUAGUUUUUUUUACUGUUUGGGUUCAAAUCCGUUAAGAAGCUGUAAUUCAUUGAAAAGUUUUGGAAAGGUAAUUUCUUGUGAACUUGUUUAAUUUUGAUGUUCAUGAUCAUGCAUUUUUGUCGUACUAUUGUUUGAUUUUUUUCUUUGCUGUUCUCUAAUAAACAUUGGAGGAACCAAUAUGAAGACUUUUUGAGUUUGAUUGAUGCUAAUUUGAUGGUUGGAUAUGGUGCUAACCACAUAUCUAUAAUGGAAAGCUUAAGAAAGAUGUCAUGUGUCUUAAUUUGUUCAAUUUCAGUUGUCUGUGCCUGCUCAAUUGUAUGUCAUGAAUGGAUCAUUGGGGUUCUAUGUCUUCCAAAGAGAGGGUUUUGGCUUUAAAACUGCUAAUUUAUGAUGCUUUUCAAAUAGUCUAA